UCCCCCUAGUCUAUUCCAAGACUGUCGGCUAGAACAAGACCCAGAAAUGGUGUAGGAUAACAGGAAAGAAACAAGAAACAGAAGCCAAGGAGGGAGACACGGCCUAGGUGUAAGGUAUGGAGGUGUAAGAGGGAGAAGGGAAGACAAGACACCUGGGAGCUAAACACUGCAGAAGCAGAACAUCUGGUUCCUCCUCCAGCUGCUGAGGUGUGCCAAUCUGAGGUGUAGCCGUGGAUCCAGGUGGGCUGUGCAUCUGUGAGCCAGGGAGAACGUGCCAUGGAGAGCGACCAAGUGCCAUCUACCUCCAGCAGCGCUGUCUCCACCACUGCCAGCACCAGCACCAUUAGCACCAGCAGCAGCAGCAGCAAUGGAAGGCAGACAGUCCCGCAGAUAUCCGUGUACAGCGGGAUCCCUGACAGGCAGACUGUCCAGGUGAUCCAGCAGGCUCUGCACCGGCAGCCCAACACAGCAGCACAGUACUUGCAGCAGAUGUACGCAGCACAGCAGCAGCACCUCAUGCUGCAGACUGCCGCGCUCCAGCAACAGCACCUGAACAAUGCUCAGCUCCAGAGCCUGGCUGCUGUGCAGCAGGCCAGCAUGGCUGCAGGCCGUCAGGGAACUAACCAAAACGGGACCACCUCUCAGCAAACGGGAUCCUCACAAACAACCAUUAACCUGGCAACCUCCCCUGCUGCGGCCGCCCAGCUGAUAAGCCGUGCACAAAGUGUCAACUCCGCUCCGGCGGGAAUCACCCAACAGGCCGUCCUGCUGGGCAACACCUCUGGCCCUGGGCUGACAGCUAGCCAAGCCCAGAUGUACCUCCGUGCCCAGAUGGCACAGCAAAGUAACCUUGUGCAAGUAGCUAGGAGCCUAGGCCGUGCUGUUCCUUUGUCCCCUCAGCUCAUUUUCACUCCAACCGCCACAGUCACUGCAGUCCAGCCUGAGGCCACUGCACAGCCAGCCGGCCAGCAAUCCGCCACUGCCCAGGUGCAGAACCUUGCUAUCCGCAGUCAGCAGGGGGCAGCCUCUGGCUCCCCUUCCCAGACACAGCUUCAGAGCCUGAGUCUGAAACAGGUGGCCAGUGGCCCGCAGCCCGUCCCCUCUGGCCCAGCCACCGCCCACACGAAGGGUCCCGGCCAAGGCGCACAGAGUGGGGGGGCGAAGGGGGGCUCCCCUGAAAACACCACAGAGGGUGGCAAGAAAGGAGAGAGCUCCCCCAGCCUGGAGGCGCGCGUGAUGAAUGUGAGCAGGAAUGUGACUUCUGUGAGCAGCCAUCCUCUCAUCACUCCAGCCUACACCCAAAUCCAGCCUCACCAGCUCAUUCAGCACCAGCAGCACAAGCAGCACCAGUUUGUGAUCCAGCAGCAAUCCCAGCUCCCCCAGAGAAGCCAGGCCCAGCUCCUGCACACGGCUUCCAUCCAGCCCCAGCUCCAGACGCAGGCCCAGCCAGUGCAGGCCCUCACCAUCCAGUCAGCCCUGGCCACCCAGUCCCAGAGCCAGCAAUGCUCCAUCCCCGUCCUGCCCAAACCUCCUGCUCACCAGGCCCCUGCACCGAGCCAGCAGGCCACCAUCUUCCACUCCACGGUGAGCCCCCAGAAUGGACAUCCCACAGCAAUGAACCAGGCGGCCCAUCCUAAACCCCAGCCUGUCCAGCUGGCUGCAGUCAACCUCCAGAUCCAGCCAGCGCCCAACACGGCAACCCGGCCUGUCCAGGAUAGUGCCACUAAAGACAAGGCAGCUCCAGCAGCAAGCAGGGAGACAUCUCAGGCCACCAUCCCCCAGCAACCAGCCCCCGCUGCAACCCUGACCAUAGCCACCACCGAGCAGCGCAAGACCGACACCAACAAGCCCAUGGCGCCAGGUAGAGGCACUGCCGAGAGGGUGAAUGUGAAGUCAGGGGUGGUUGGCUCUCCUCCAGCCAUGACCUCAGGAAACGGGAACAACGCGCCAACUGUGACCGGCAGCACGCCCCAGAACGGCGAGAACAAGCCCCCCCAGGCCAUCGUCAAACCCCAGAUCCUCACCCACGUCAUCGAGGGCUUCGUCAUCCAGGAGGGAGCUGAGCCUUUCCCUGUGGGACGUCCUCCUCUGCUGAUCGAGAACCUCAAGAAACAGAAGCAGCAGCUGCAGUCGGACCCCGAGAAGACCCCCCAAAGCAAUCCCCCCAACACUACAGAUUCGGAGAUGGAGGAUCUUACACAGCAAGAAUUAAAGGACCAGGAGGAAGACGCCGAGCCCAAGCUGAAGUGUGAGCUCUGCGGACGGGUUGACUUUGCUUACAAGUUCAAGCGGUCAAAGAGAUUUUGCUCCAUGGCUUGUGCAAAGAGAUAUAACGUGGGAUGCACGAAGCGCGUAGGCUUGUUCCACCCCGACAGAAGUAAAAACGCAAAGUCAGAUGGACCAAAACACCGCAGACGAAGGUCGCGCAAGGGCAGUCUGCAGAAUCUGAACAAGGAGACCAAGAAACAGCAAGCGCCCACACCCCUGCAGUCGCUGGGCGGCUCCGUGUCCUCGCCUCCCCCCUCGCACCCCAGCCAGGGCGAGUCCAGCCAGUGCUCGGACAUCUCCAGCUACGAGGAGCCCCCCUCCCCCCUCUCGGCCGCCAGCUCGGGGGCCCCCAGGCGCCCAGGCGACAGGGGCCCCGAGGCCCCCGAGGGCCACACCCGAGAGCUGCCUCUGCUCACGCAGCACUUCCUCCCCAGCGACCCCACCAAGUGGAACGUGGAGGACGUGUACGAGUUCAUCCGCUCGCUGCCAGGCUGCCAGGAGAUAGCAGACGAGUUCCGAUCACAGGAGAUCGAUGGCCAGGCCAUGCUGCUGCUCAAGGAGGACCACCUGAUGAGUGCCAUGAACAUUAAGCUGGGACCGGCGCUGAAGAUCUACGCCCGGAUUAAUAUGCUCAAGGACUCCUAGCUGAAUCUGGGCUGGGGGCCAAGAGGGUGGGCCGCCUGCCUCCUCCACAAUACAGAACUACACUGAACGGUCAGGGUGGUCCCAAAACCGUUUCUACUGCUGCGCAAAUCUCAGCCAGGUUGAAAGCUUUUCCUGUCGGCUCUUGGCAGGUGGCAUGGUGCUAACCUGAAGAGACGCAUGACCGUUAGUAUCUCUUUUUGGACACCUGAGCUCCUGAAGUUCCGUACUGGUGAUCUACAGCUCUGAACUCUUUCCAGAUGGACAUACAGGAACUAAUUAAUCAGAUUAGUGGGUUGUUUUGGACCUACUGCACAAGGAGCAUCGGAAGGAACUAUAACUACUUCACUGGUUUCUGGCAACAAGGGCUCUGGUGUGAUUUCUUAAGCCAUUGCCAAUGAGAACUGGGGUGAGGGAAAUGGGGACAGGUCCCUGGAAUUUGCAGAUGGGCUUUUGUUUCUUUAAAUGAUAUUUAAUUUGACUUCCCUGAAAAGGAGGACGACAUGAAUAAUUAUAAGCCGAACGGGUUCCACGGUGAAGAGUUUCGCCUGAUAAAUUGGUGCUAGUUGAUGGCGUUGUGGAAAGCAAAUGUCUAGCGAGGGUGCUGUUCAGCAACAGCUGUAACACUGCCCUGGCCUCACUGUGUAUAAGGGUGCUCAAGAAUGAUAACCUGUUGUCACAAUAGUAAAGCGACCGGUAAAGCAGUAAUCAUGCAUUAGUUCAUACAGAAAAUGCUUAGUUCAAGCCUCUUUGCAAUUCAGAAAAGUCCCUUUCCUACAUAUAGCAUUUUUUUAAACAGACACCAGGAUGGGGCACAAAUUGAGAAGCACAAUAAUUUUUAUUACUGCAUCUCUUAAUGCUGUCCUGUUUUUCUUCCCCACCAUGACCCUUUUUGGUGCAUGUGAAAUACUCUUAUUAAAUUAAAUGCUGGUUUCCAAAGAUAAUGCAUGAAUUGCGUCCUACAAGGAUUCAUUUUCUUUCUUUUUUUUCUUGAUGCAUUUCAGAAUAAAAGUUCAAAUCAUU